CUCUGAGCUUUUGAGACUGUCAUUUGCCCAACUGGCCAUGAGAUUCCAGAUAACCAUGAUUACUUAUGGAGCUCAGUCUCCCGAACUCUCAAACAGACGGUAUUUCUCUAGCCUCUAUCGCACCACUCCCACAUGGACCCUGGUCAACCUGGCUCGUGUCAGACUCCUGACAGAGUUCAACUGGUACAGGUGCGCCGUCCUUACCUCCCCCGACCACCUUCAUACUCAGGUGCUGCAUGAGUUGGUAGAGUUGGAACAGUUGAAGGACAGCGAUAUUGAACUGACAGUUUACGACACGUUUGACGAGACAGCGACAUACCUGCUUGAACGUGCAGCAGAGGACGACAUGAGGAUAUUCAUUGUCAUCAGUGACGAGAUUAGGACUAGAAACACUCUGUGCGAGGCUCAUAGAAACAGUCACAGAAAGCUAACUGGAGCAGCCUACGUCUGGAUACUGCCACUGUUCUAUGACACACACUGGUGGAGACUGAGUCAGCACCAGAUUAACAAUCUCCGCCCCACCCAGCGCUGCUCUAAUUAUGAGAUGAGA